GAGCUGCUCAGGGUGAUGAGGACAAUCGAUGAUAGAAUUGUUCAUGAGUUAAACACUACGAUUCCAACAGCUUCCUUUGUGGGGAAAGUUGAUCCUGGCCAGACGUGUAAAGAGCUGUACGAGUCUUUGAUGGAUGCUCACACCAAGAGAGAAAGAAUCAUCAAAGACUGCAUCUCUCAGACUUCCGCUGUAGUGAAAACCCUCAAAGAAGAGAGGGAAAAGGCCCAUGAAGAUGCAGCAUUAUUAAAGCAACUCAGGAAAGAGCAGACAAAGUUGAAAUUGAUGCAGUCGGAGCUCAAUGUUGAAGAAGUGGUAAACGACAGAAGCUGGAAGGUAUUUAAUGAGCGGUGCCGAAUUCACUACAAGCCUCCGAAGAGUCAAUGAUGAUGUGGGGCAUUUUCCAUCAAGGUGGUCCAUAACUGUGAGAGCCAAACUGGAAAGAGACCUUGGGUGAGCUGAAUUGGGACCCUCCAGAACCAGUAGAACCCAGUCUUGUUUUGUUUUGGACCUACUUAGCUGAAUUCUCAAGCUUGAAAUGAUCCUCCUGUAAUUAAGAGAAAACAACUAAUCUUUUGUACAAAAUAUGUGAACAAAUGAGUUUUAUAGUAUUAAAACAAUUUUCAAUCGGAA